AUGCAGCCGGCAGUGGAAGCAGACCCCUCACGUUUCGCCAUCGAAGGCACCGAGGGACCUACUAUCAGCGGCCCCUCCCCCUCCAUCAUAGAGCUCAUCGUGUCCGAGGACCCUGUCCCCACUCCGCCUAGGACAACACCACGUCCACCAGAGGGAGGACGAUACCUCACACCUCAGCGAGUCGAGCUCAUGGAGGAGGCGCUCUGGAUGAACCUCGAGAGCGCUAAAAAGAAACGCGAGUGGCGGGAGCGUUCCAUAGCCGAAAGAAAGGCUAAAAGAUCUAAAUCGGAGGUCAGAGGAAGAGUCAUGGGAGAAGGGACCUACCCUUCCGACAACCAAGCUGGCCCUUCAUGCACAGCAUCUACCACUCCCAACCUCGGCGCCUCCACCCCCAUCACGACUAACGAGGAGCAGGGCCAGGCGAUGGAGGUUGAAGAGGACACUCGUCGCGCCGGCAAGGGGAAGAAGAGCGGCGAGGACAGUGACCACGCAUAUGACAAGGAAUCCUUCCCUCGAAUAACAACUACCAUCCUCGAAGUUCAUUCAGAUGAAGUGUGGGACGUGGCCUGGAGUCAUGAUGGCACUCACCUUGCUAGCGCAAGUAAAGACAAGACUGCUAUUAUCUGGCGCAUUGGGCUUGAGGCAGAACCAUCAUCCCGUGAUUGUAUAGCAGAAUUCAUCUUGCGCGACCACCUAUGUCCUCUUGGUUGUUUGGCUUGGUCACUAGACGACUCUAUUUUAUCUACGUCCGCAGAUCACCUCAUCUUUCUUUGGAACACAAAGACUGGAGCUCUGAUGAAGACACUCGAGAAUCACGCUGAGACAGUGUCUGCCCUGGUAUGGCUACCUGACGGCUCAGGGUUUAUGUCAGGUAGCCUCGAUCGCAAGAUCAUAUUAUGGGACAUGGAGGGCGAACCACGGGAAUCAUGGAAUGAUAUAGCUAUACGUGUUACUGACGCUGCAGUGACUCCUGACAUGAGACGCCUGGUCGCUAUUGGGAUGGGAUACAACCCUCCUGCAGCAUUGGGGACACUGACUUGUGCCAACAUCCGAGACGCAUCUUUAGAGCAUCCGAUACGACCGAACUCAACAGCAUCUCCACCCAUUGUGUCCAACGUCAACGGUAAUGCAGUGGGGCCGCGUCCGCAAGAGAAUAGGAUGAUCAUCUACGAUCUCAAGACAGGACAGGUUGAGCUAUCUGUUCACAUGGAGGGUGAACUUACUAGCGUGAAGAUUUCCGAGGAUUCUCAGUAUGCAUUAAUCAAUCACGCUCCAGAUGAAAUACAUCUGUGGGACUUGAAGGAGUUCAGACUUGCACACAAGUUCACUGGGCAACAACAGGGUCAUCAUGUCAUUCGCAGUUGCUUUGGUGGCAUCGAUGGCAACUUCGUCAUUAGUGGGAGUGAAGAUCGCAAUGUCUAUGUUUGGCAUCGCGACACAGGUACAUCACUAGAGGUACUGGAAGGUCACGGCUUGGGAAGCGUGAAUUCCAUAGCCUGGAAUCCCCACAAUGAGCGCAUGUUUGCAUCAUGUUCGGACGAUAACACGAUACGUGUGUGGGAGGCACCUAUCUCCGCCAGUGAAGUGCUUCGAGUUCGGCAUGUCUGUAUCUGA